AGUUGUGAGUUGACUUCUCCACAAGGUGGUCGAUCGCGUGUCAGUAUAGUUUAAAUUUAAAGAUUUUAACAAUCUUUUAAAAUUUAAUCAGAGUUGUGUAGUUGGACUACAUAGGCUACUACCGUGUUCUGUGCAUUCCCUGUGAAUUGUUAGUGUGUGAUUUGUUGCAAAAAAUAAGAGAUAAUCCAUCUGGAAGAGCUCUGAAAUUGCCUAAAGAAGUAGUAGAUCACAGAAAAAUGCGCUGCUCUUUGGCGUGAAACAGCGAUGAUGGAACUCUGAGGUGUGUGCGUGUGUGUGAUAAAUUGAGCGAAGAAAAAAUAACGCAUGGAGGAAAUUGAGCUGAAAAUUUUUAGUGCAAAGUGCCAAUAAAUUGCAUCACAUGUGGUUGGUGACCAUCUCUGAAAGCCUACACGCGUGAGUGAACAGUGUGAUUUGAACAAUGUCAUCUAUAUUUUAAAAUAAGAGCCCAUCAAUCGAGUGAUUUGUGGUCUUGUGUUGCUCAUCCGUGAAUUUUGUGCUUUUGGGGGAUUAGAGUGGUGCUCCAAGAAAAGAGGAGUGAGAGAGGAUUCGUGUUGGUGGUGGCUGAUGGAAGCUGCGUGGCGUCGUGAGGAAACAAUUAACUUAAGACUGUUUUCCACACAAUUCCCUCUGCUCAGCAUUUAACACUGUUUUGGAGACACCCACUGUCUUUCCACCGAAAAAUUUCAUCAUCAUCCAAUCACAUGAAAAAAUGACACCGUGGCAAUGGAUGAUGCUGCAUAUAAUCUUCCUUGUUUACUUUGAGACGGUUCAAGGUGCGUGGGGUAGAUUGCAACCAUGUGAAGUGGAGACCGGACAAACCAAUAUCAUUGUAGACAUUGAGGAGAGUCGUGGCAAUUCCAUCGGCCAGAAAACAAUCCCACCAGAGUUGCCAAUUUAUGGUGAUCCAGACAGUGAAAUUACCUUGGAUCUUGUCUUCCCAAAGGGGAACCCAAUGUUCACACUCAAUGGGAAAUCCCUUCAACUGAUAAAACCCAUUGAUAGAGAUGAAGAAAAUCUCAGCCAUACCAUUUUUCAAAUUUCAUGCACCAUCAGAUCGACACAUCGCAAAAGAAAUAUUCCAAUAAUAGUUCGUAUUUCCGAUGUUAAUGAUAAUGCGCCAGUAUUUAUUAAUACACCGUACGAGACAACUAUACCAGAGUCAACACCUGUUGGUACAACAAUCUUCAGAAACAUCCUGGCACAAGAUAUUGAUUCCGGAGUUAAUGGCCUGGUGGAGUACUUCAUUGUUGAGGGUACAAAAAAUAUUACAGAUGACAAAGUUAUUGCAGCAGAUGGUUAUGGGACCUUUGAUAUUGGAUUUCCUCAUCAAGGGCAGGUCACGGUAGUCAAAACACUGGACUAUGAGCGAAUUCAGCGAUAUUAUCUAACAAUUGUCGCAUCGGAUCGCGCGCGGAAUGUCACCCAUCGUUUGUCGGCAACAACAACACUCACAGUUAAUGUGGCAGAUUCCGAUGAUUUGGACCCGUCUUUCAUCUACCGCGGAUGCCUCUUGCUCGAUGGGGCAUGCAUUAAUCCCGAAUAUACGGCAUCUGUACCAUCGGGAAGCCUUCAGGGUGUCCUGUCGGUGCUACCGGAGAAAAUUCAAGCAAUCGACUUGGACACAAUAAGUUCCCCCAUUCGCUACACCUUCCUAAGUGGAAUGCCCUCAAACUAUGAUGAAUUCUUUCAAAUUGACGACCAGACGGGUAUAUUGAAGCAAGUGAAGGUGAUUGACACAUCAGUGGCCAAGCGAUUUGAUAUCAUUGUGAAAGCUGAAGAAGUAUCGGAGGAGAAGCGUUUCACCACCGCCAAGUUAUCCAUAACCGUCAAACCCGUUGAUUCGCAUCCACCGAUGAUUUUCUCCACAGCCACCGAGGGGUAUGUUGAUGAAAAUUCCCCAGUUGGAACGAAGAUUGAGGAUAAUCACGGUGUGCCCAUAAGACUCACAACAACUGAUGCUGAUUUCUCGGAAAAUGAUCCCAAGCCUGACUAUGUUUAUGAACUCACGACGCCAUAUUUUGCCGUUGCCGACGACGGCGUCCUCCUUGUUAACGAAGACAACCUCGAUCGUGAUCCACCCAAUCCGGGGGUGUAUCGCUUUCAGGUGGUUUCACGUGAGAAAUCAACAAACGUCGCAAGUGCACCAUUUAGUUUAGUAGUCACACUACGCGACGUGAAUGAUAACCCACCGAAAUUACCCAUGAUUGCACCCGUAACAAUAAUGGCAGGUGACGAAACACGCUUCGUGACCAAAGUCACCGCCACGGACAAUGAUACGGGAGAGAAUGCCGUCAUAACUUAUUCCAUCUAUCACGUAUCUAACAAUGGUGUGAAGAAAUUCAGCAUUGACGCAAAGAGUGGUGUUAUUGAGACACGUGGACCCCUGAAUGCUGGAGAGCAGUACAGUAUUACCGUGCAAGCUUCAGACAUAGGGAACCUUCAUUCACAGGCAAUCGUGGAGGUGUCUGUCACACCAGGGCCAAACACUAAACCACCACGUUUUGUGAAGCCUGUGUAUGAGGUUCAGGUGAGUGAGGGAGCUGAUAUAAAUGCCACAAUAGUUGUAGUGAAAGCCGAUGAUCCCGAAAAUGAUCCCGUCAAGUAUGCUAUCCUGUCUGGGAAUGAUCUUAGGCAAUUUUCCGUAGCUCCCGACACGGGAGUUAUCAGUGUGAUUCGUAAACUUGAUCGUGAAGAUCUUACACGGUACCAAUUAAUACUCCGUGCCGAGGAUAAUGGUGGACUUUCAACCACCGCCACUGUGAAUAUCCGUGUUAAUGAUAUUAAUGAUAAUAAUCCAGAAUUUGAUGAGAAUUCUGUGCCAUAUCGUUUUAAAGUUGAAGAAGGUAGGGCAGAUGCUGUUGUGGGUGUUGUUCAUGCAACAGAUGCCGAUGAUGGGAUUAAUGCGGACAUUACGUACUCCCUCCCAUCGGAUAUUCCCUUCAAAAUUCACCCCAAAUCCGGGGAAAUUCGUACAAUUAAUGCCCUUGACUAUGAGAAGGUGAAAGAGUACAAAUUCGUUGUAACCGCCAAGGAUGGGGCACCGGAUUCAAGACUGGGAACAGCUAGUGUGCUAGUUGAAGUGACUGAUAUUCCGGAUGAGGUGCCGGUAUUUGCUGAAGAUCAAAUUGAUGUGAAAGUGCCGGAAAAUGUGCCGGAUUUAACGAUUGCAACGGUGAAAGCAACCGAUCCUGACACAAAACCCCAGAUUACUUACCAACUCCGUCAAGGAGCUGUAGAAUUAUUCCGCGUGGAUCCGAAGAAUGGUCAAGUGAAGACAAUUCGUGGAUUGGAUUAUGAGAAGGAAAAGACUCACGAAUUAGUAAUUGCUACAGUGGAGAAUCCGGGAAAUGGUGUGGGGGAUGUUGUAAGGAUACAUAUUGAUGUUGAGGAUCGCAAUGAUAUUCCGCCGGUGUUUGUGAGUGUUCCUGAACCCAUUACCGUGAAUGAUGAUCAAAAGAUUGGCACGAUUGUUGGAUCAAUGCCGGCAAUUGAUGGCGAUGGCACAGCUCCGGGAAAUGUGGUUCGCUACGAAAUGGUCGGUCGCGGUAAAGCUCUCAAGUACUUCCAAGUUGAUCCAGACACGGGAGUCAUACGACUACGCGAUGAACUCAACAAGGAAGACGAUACGGAAUAUCAGGUUGAUGUAAAAGCCUACGAUUUGGGUGAUCCUCAGCUGUCGUCCGUUGCCACCCUCCCUGUGUUUGUACGUCAUCUCCUCAAUGAUCCCAAUGGCGGUGCAGGGGGAGAAUACGAAGCCAGGGUGGAGAGUGGGAAUCUCAACAGUGGUACGUUUAGCAAUCAAAUUGGAUUGGCUUUCAGUGAGGACAACUAUGUGGCACAUGUGUCGGAGACAAGUGCAAUUAAUGCCACUGUUAAAGCCAUCCAAAUUGUGAAUUCAAAGAAGGCAACAAAAGUUAAUCCCGGCUUUAAAUGCGACAUUAUCAAGGGAAACAUACAGGGGCAUUUUCGGGCAAUUGUCGAGAGUCAUUCAUGCGUUGUGAGUCUCAAUCGGGAGUUGGAUUUUGAAAAUAAAUCCCUCCAUGAUCUCGAUAUUAAGCUCUCAUCACUCAAGUACUUUGUGAAUCCCCUCAAGAGCGUGACGAAACUAAAGAUUGUUGUUCAAGAUGAGAAUGACAAUCCACCGGUAUUUGUAAUUCCCACCUAUUCAACUGAAACCCACCACCCAGGCACCUACUACGGUGUUGUGCCCCUGGAUGCUGAUAUUGAUACGCCAAUUCUACAAGUUAAGGCCACAGAUAGGGAUUCGGGGAAAUUCGGGAUGAUUAAGUACAGACUCGCAGGUCCAGAGACGAAUCACGUGGGUAAAGAUGAGGAGGGUACAUCGUAUUUUGCAAUAUCCGAAGACACGGGCAUUGUGAAGCUGCAGAAGAGCAUAAAGAACUUUAAGGAGUCUCCGGUUGUUUUUACAGUAGAAGCUGUGGAUAAUAAUGGUCAGAAGCCCUUCAAUACAGCCUAUGCGAGAGUUGUGAUUAACACGAUCGCUGAUAUAAAUCGAAUGUCCCUCGUCUUCUCUGAUGCCAGUCCCAAGGAUAUUCGACGACAUAGCAAAGCUCUGGAGGAGCUAUUUUCGGAGAAAACUUCCGGCCUAAUUGCUGGCAUAGAACGAUUCAGCAAUAGAAAGUAUUUAACUGAAAAUGGUACAAUUGAGGAGGAUCCCAAUGCAACAGACGUGUGGUUCUACGUAAUUGAUCCCAAAACUGAAAUGAUCAUGUCGCGCAAUUCAACAGAAGUCAAAACGCAACUCAUCGAAGCUGAGGCACAAUCGGACUUGAGUUUUGCCGCCUCGGGGAUUGCUAAGGCAACUGCCCAGGGGAUUUAUGCACCUGUUGAAAGUCGAAGGCACAUUCAUAAAGUUCGAACGGCAAUUGCCGUUGAAAAUGACGUCUUCCCCUAUGCCCUAAUUGCCGUAUCUCUUGUAAUCCUAAUUCUGGGCACCAUUGGUAUUAUCUACAUUUGCGUAUCGUGGUCACGCUAUAAGAAUUUCAAGCAACGAAUGCGAAGCUUCCCAACACCACCAAAUCCCUUGCGGUAUGACCCAGUAAUUAUUGGGAAUCAAAAUGCAGAAGCUGGUACGCUGAGUCUCAAGGAGUACGAGACACAGGUGCUGGCAAUGGCUGUGAAUGCGGAUGCCGAAGAUGAUCUUCAGAUGGAUUUUAGUGCGAAAAAUCAUGCAUUUAGCUUAGAUAAUGUGAGCUAUAUCACACACAAGGAGAAUGGUGGACUGAGUCCGUCCCACUCUGAGGCAACAACUGCCGCAAUGUCCACUCUUCAGCGCAACAACCUUAACAAUCAAGCGAAUGGGAACAAUUGCCAAAACACUUUCAACCGUGUUCUCGAGAUUAAUCGCAACAACGCCAAUCCCCUGGCUAAGAAUUCAGGAACACUGACGUUGGGUAGAAUAAAGACGGACAGGAAUAACUACAAUAAUGGGUACGGUAUGAAUUCGCUGAGUAGGAAUAAUUUGACCCAAAAUAACACAUUUAACACACUAAAUGGCACCGCAUGCAACAUGUACGGCGGUAGUGAUGAUACCAACGAACUCAUGACAAACACACUGGGUCGCAAUAAUAGGCAUCAAAAAGAUAUAAUGCCCGUUACGAGUCCUCUAUUUCAGCAAAGACAAUACGGCGGGACACACUUCAAUCAUCAGAGUGCAACAAAUGAAAAUGUUUCAUUCGCAAACAAAGACUACAAUCCACUGGGUUUUGCCUACCUAAAUGAUCUUGAUCGAUCCGACGUGGAGACUACCACCGAGCUGUAGAAGAAAAAGAACAAAAAAUUGUGGUGCAAAUCGACCAGUAGUAAAUGUUACUUUAAACAUUUUAUUAUUUUUUCGUUGGAAGUGUUCUAUUUUUUUUUUAUAUCAAAGUGUUUAUUAUAUCAAUAUAACUCUUAACUCAAUGAUUGUGAAAACGAGUCAGAGGAAUUCCGAGAAUAUAGAAAUUCCUCAAUAUAUUUAUUCUAUAUUUUUUUUUUUACAUCAAAAGGAAAAGGAAUAAAAAUUCUUUUCCACGUGCAUUUUCUUCUACUUAAAUAAUUUUGAUGUAAUUGUGAAAAGAGGUUAAAAUAAAUAAGAAAACUACGUACUUUUGUAAUUUACAUAAUCUUCAGUUAGGCCAUGUAUAAACGUAAUUAGAGACUAAAAUUUAUAUAAUGAAGGAUUUGUGUUAUGUAUCAAAUUGUUUUAUCCUUCAUUUUGUGACAACGACAUCUUUUUUUUUCUAUAAAGAAAAUUGAAGCCUUCAACAAACAAAUUGAAUCAGCAAAAAAAUUAAUUAUUAAUGUGAUUUUCGCUAAAACACACACAAGUAAAAAAAACUCUGUGAGAAAACAGUUUUUUUCCCAUGAAGAAGACUUGGAAGAAUAUAAUUAAUUUGUAAAUAUUUUAUUAUGAAGACAUUGGAAAAUGUUGAAAACGCGAAAUUUAUAUUGAUUUUCAGGAAAAUAAAAUAAAGAACAAUAUGACAAUUAUCGAGAGAAGAACAGGUGUAAAUAUUACCUUUUAUACAAUAAAAAUGAUUACUUUAUUAUAUAGAUGAAAAUCUAGUAGCUAUAUAUAAUUUAUGUAAUUUACUCACUGUUGUGUAUAUAGCAAAAAAGACAUUUUAAAUGUCAGAGAAAUACAGAGAAAAAAUAUCGAGACUUUAAUUAUACAUAAACACCAAUACAUAUAGGAAGAAAAUAAUUUUAUAUUGUGAAUGAAAAAAAAUUACUCUGAUAAAUGUGAAAAGAAAUAAAUAAAUAAAAAAAUUAAAGAAAAAA